CCAAUUUCCUCCAGCAAGGUCUUGAUACCACCCACUCUACCUCCACCACUUUAAAUCUCCUCUCUAUCAGUUGCUUUUCUGUAGCAAUUGAUUUUCCUUAAUACCCUUCAACAUAUAGACCUUGGUCAAGAUGUUCAGAAACGCUCUCAAGCAGUCCAGCAGGACGGUGGGCGCAAUUUCUGCUUCCGGCAGAAUUGCCACGGUACGUCAACAAACAAACUUCUCACGUCACUAUGUCACUAUUUUCACUUCGCUGCCUAUCAAUAUCUAUCUUAUUAGAUGUUGUCUAUAGUGUCAAUGGACGUUGGGAAGUGGUGGUGUUGAUGUUAUCAAGCUUCGAGAAAGCUUUAACAGCUUGUUGACGAGGAUUUUUCGGACUUCGGCUAACUAAACGUUUUCUGCACAACAGCGCACUGCCAUUCCAGCAACCUUCAACGCGGCAUCAAAAUCAGUUCGAAGCUACGCAUCUGAUGCUAAAGCCUCCCCCACCGAAGUCUCCUCCAUUCUUGAGCAAAGAAUUAGAGGUGUUCAAGAGGAAUCCGGUCUCGCCGAGACUGGACGUGUUUUGUCUGUUGGGUAGGUUAUUCAACAAUAAUUUGAUACUCGGGUCCAAAAUGCUGCAGUCAUAUCACAUGGAUGUGAAUUUUCGAAUAUCUGGAUGAGAGUUAGAGGAUUACGUUGGACGGUGUGCUGAUUCGUGUCAUGACAGUGAUGGUAUCGCUCGUGUCCAUGGUAUGAGCAAUGUCCAAGCCGAGGAACUUGUCGAGUAAGUUUAUGAAAAUUCGACAAUAUUUAUCUGGGGUACUGAUGGGGAAAAAGGUUCGCAUCCGGUGUCAAGGGCAUGUGCAUGAACUUGGAGGCUGGCCAAGUUGGUGUUGUGCUUUUCGGUUCUGAUCGUUUGGUCAAGGAGGGUGAGACCGUUAAGCGUACUGGAGAGAUUGUUAGUUUGGUCAAGUUGAAUGUACUUUUCAAGAUACUAACAUGAAGCACAGGUCGAUGUUCCAGUCGGAAUGGCGAUGCUCGGCCGUGUUGUCGAUGCUCUCGGAAACCCAAUUGAUGGUAAGGGACCUAUCAAGACCACCGAGAAGCGUCGUGCGCAACUCAAGGCCCCUGGUAUUCUUCCCCGUCGAUCCGUCAACCAGCCAGUCCAGACUGGUCUCAAGUCCGUCGACGCAAUGGUACCUAUUGGACGUGGUCAACGUGAGUUGAUCAUUGGUGAUCGUCAAACCGGAAAGACCGCUGUUGCCCUUGAUGCUAUGCUUAACCAAAAGCGUUGGAACGACGGAAACGAUGAGACCAAGAAGCUUUACUGUGUCUACGUGGCCAUUGGACAAAAGAGAUCUACUGUUGCCCAAUUGGUCAAGACUCUCGAGGAGAACGACGCCAUGAAGUACUCCAUCGUUGUUGCAGCUACCGCUUCCGAGGCCGCUCCUCUUCAAUAUAUCGCUCCUUUCACUGCUACCUCUAUGUAAGCUUGAAUCAUUCAUUCUAUCCCUUUUCUUUUCCAAUUCUUGUUCCCAUUGUCCUAGUUCAAGUUGAACUUUGACAUUUUUACAUUGUUCUAAUUCAAAUUGGACUUUGAUACUUUUAUAUUGUUCUAGUUCAAGUUAAACUUUGACACUUUUACAUUGUUCUAAUUCAAGUUAAACUUUGACACUUUUACAUUGUUCUAGUUCAAGUUAAACUUGAAACUUUUACAUUGUUCUAAUUCAAGUUAAACUUUGAUACUUUUACAUUGUUCUAGUUCAAGUUAAACUUGAAACUUUUACAUUGUUCUAAUUCAAGUUAAACUUUGACACUUUUACAUUGUUCUAAUUCAAGUUAAACUUUGACACUUUUAUAUUGUUCUAGUUCAAGUUAAACUUGAUACUUUUACAUUGUUCUAAUUCAAGUUAAACUUUGAUACUUUUACAUUGUUCUAGUUCAAAUUGGACUUUGAUACUUUUACAUUGUCCUAAUUCAAAUUGGAUUUUGAUACUUUUACAUUGUUCAAUAUAAAAUUGGAGAUUUACACUCCCAUAUUGUUCAAUACAAAUCUGGAGUUUUAUAUUCCCAGAUUAUCCAAGUUCCAAUUUGGCUUUUCUAAUUCCUUCCACACUCGCUCCUUCCUCUUGCUUAGUAACCCAUGGACAAUUGCUGACUAAUCCAAAUUUUAGUGGAGAAUACUUCCGAGACUCCGGAAAACAUGCUCUUAUCAUUUUUGACGAUCUUUCCAAACAAGCCGUCGCAUACCGUCAAAUGUCUCUCCUUCUCCGUCGUCCUCCAGGACGAGAAGCCUAUCCGGGUGAUGUUUUCUAUUUACAGUUUAGUCUACCAAAUUUUCCCGAAAUUAUUUGGUAAAAAAUUAUAUGCUAACUAAAUUUUUACAGUUCCCGUCUCCUUGAGCGUGCUGCCAAGAUGAACGACAAGCACGGUGGUGGAUCUUUGACCGCGCUCCCCAUUAUUGAAACUCAAGGUGGUGAUGUAUCAGCUUAUAUCCCAACUAACGUUAUUUCUAUUACGGAUGGACAAAUUUUCUUGGAGGCCGAACUUUUCUACAAGGGUAUUCGUCCAGCCAUCAAUGUCGGUCUUUCCGUCUCCCGUGUCGGAUCUGCUGCCCAACUUAAGGCCAUGAAGCAAGUGGCUGGUUCCUUGAAGCUGUUCUUGGCUCAAUACCGUGAAGUCGCUGCUUUCGCACAAUUCGGUUCCGAUUUGGAUGCUGCUACCAAGCAAACUCUUAACCGUGGUGAAAGAGUAAGUCUUUAUAUAACUUGCCAAGAUUCAAAAAUUAACACAAGCUAAUAAUAAUUUUCUACAGUUGACUGAGCUCCUCAAGCAAAAGCAAUAUUCUCCUAUGGCUGUUAACGAAAUGGUUCCUCUCAUCUACGCCGGUGUCAAUGGUCACCUCGAUUCCGUACCAGUCAACAAGAUUCUCCCAUGGGAGGCUGACUUCCUCUCACAUCUUAGGACCAACGAAGCCGAUUUGUUGGCAACAAUCGAUAAGGAGGGUGCUCUCAGCAAGGACCUUGAGGCUAGAUUGAAGGAUGUCAUCACCUCUUUCACCAAGAGCUUCGUCUAAAUCAAUAGAUAAAAGUAAAUCAUGGUCAUUUCCUCGCGCUUUUUUUUUGUCCCUUAGCAUGUGGGCCUAGGCGAGCUGUAUUUUGAACGUUGUGACGAGGAAAGGAAAAAUUAGUAAGGUGAUGGAGGAGGUUCGGACGAGUGAUGAAUGAUAGGCGGAAGAUUUGAUAGAUCAAAAAUCAAAGCUGUAAAAUAGAUGGACCCGUCAAUUCUUCCGCGUGCUAUACGACUACAUGCUUAA